AUGUCAGCCUCCUCGGCUGCAAAUGUUGCUGGUGAUUCUGCUGAUGACCGAGCUUUCAAGAUGAGGCGCUUGAGCACAGAGGUCGAAGUUGAGCCAGUGCAAGACAGUCCGGAGCUCUUAGCAAAUUGGCCUUCGGAGUUGCCCAAAAUUCAAGAGGCCUUGCUAGCGAAGUAUGGCUGUACUUCGGAACUUCAGCAGAACUUGAGCAGAGGCACGCUAUAUGUCACAUCGUCAUACUCAGGAAUGGGUACUCUCGAACAUGUGCUCAGGCGUUUGGCCUCAGCUGCGCUCCCUUUGCAUUGCACAGCUGGACCUCAGCCAGAGGCAUCACAUGGCCCACUGGUGUUCUGGUCAUGCCACGACACUGACAAGAACUGCCGUGCUAUGUUGAUGCAGUCAGGGCUCCGUCCCAAGCACAUUUUUGGUGACAUCCAGGAGCAGUUGGAUCCAGAUGCUGUAAACAAGAUGAAGUUCGUCAUCAAAACGCUUUCUGAACGCCUCAAUGAGUUCGAGGCUCGUUGUCAGCGGGAGGAGACUGUGGCAAGCCGCGCAAAGCAGCUAAUCAAGGCAGAGACAGAGAAGCUGAACAUGAG